AUGGAUUUGUGUUUUCUAGGCUACUCCACUGCCAAGAGUCAAAUCACUGGUCCAGCGACUGUGAGCGGCCCGGAGCGGGGCUCACUGACCGUGAAGUGCCGCUAUGACCCAUAUUGGACCACCCACAAGAAGUGGUGGUGUCGAGGAGCUGAUUGGGGUAGCUGCAAGAUCCUUGUCCAAACCAUUGGAUCAGAGCAGGAGGUGAAGAAAGGCCGGGUGUCCAUCGGGGACGAUCAGAAAAAUCUCACAUUCACAGUGACCAUGGAGGAUCUCAGGCGAGACGAUGCUGACACUUACUGGUGUGGGAUUGCGCAAGUUGGAUCAAACCAUGGGGUCAAAGUUGAAGUGGCCAUUGUCUCAGACACACAGGCUUCAACCCCAGAAAGGACAGCCACAGCAUCAAAUCCUGAGACGACCACCAGAACCCUCACCAGGUGCCAGCUGUGCAGUGUCCACUUCCUGCUCCCGGUCCUUCUGAAGCUGCCCUUGCUCCUGAGCGUGAUAGGAGCUGUCCUCUGGAAUUCUAACCCCGUGAAAAUAGGAAAACGGGACCAAACUCUGGUAAUGGGCCAGUGGCGAGUAAGACUCGAGUCUGCAG